AUGGCUGCUCCUGUUCCACAAUUCGCGUUCAACAAUGGCAUCAAAGUGCCCGCUAUUGGCAUGGGUUGUUGGAUGGGCGGUGCGGGUCACGGAGACAGAGCCGAAGUGAUGUGCAAGAAUGCGUUGCUGCACGGCUAUCGCCACCUAGACACAGCAUUCGGUUAUGGAAAUGAAGAAAGUGUCGGCAAGGCCAUUCGCGAGUCUGGCAUUCCGCGCGAGGAGAUCUUCGUGACCACCAAGCUUCCGAGCAAGCACCAUCACAAGGUCCGAGAGUCAUUCGAGGAGUCGCUUCAGGCGCUCGGCCUCGAGUACGUCGAUCUGUACUUGAUCCAUUGGCCACAAGCUGACACCGAAUCCGGCGAACACAUCCCGUACGGAGAAAAGCCAACGGUCGUCGAAGUAUGGAAGGAGAUGGAAAAGCUCGUGGAGACUGGGAAAGUCAAAUCGAUUGGAGUGUCCAACUUCUCCAUCAAGACGCUCAAUGAGAUCCUCCCGCACGCGUCCAUUAUUCCGGUUACUAACCAGGUAGAGAUUCACCCCUGUCUCCCGUCGUUUGAAUUGCAGAAGUUCUGCGAGGAGAAAGGCAUACUGUUGACCGCGUACUCCCCCCUUGGUCGCCCUGCCCCGGGGCAAGAUAAGCCUAUUCUCCUCACAGACACCACCGUCGUUGGCAUUGCAGAGAAGAAGAAUGCGACGCCUGCGCAGGUCGUGAUCAGCUGGUGCGUGAAGCGCGGGAUCAUCGUCGUGCCAAAGAGCGAGGCGGUAGAACGGAUGAAAUCGAAUAUCACGAUUGUCGAUCUAUCGGACGAAGAUAUGACCAUCCUGAACAGCAUUCAUAAGCGCCCUGGGAUGCACAAGUCGCUACUUGCAUACCAUAAUUACACGGACGAUGGCCUAAUCUUCGGCUGGACGUACGAGCAACUUGGGUGGAACAUGAAGAAGGGGGGUAUUUGCGUUGAUUGA